AUGGCUACCCCCAGUGUCCUUACUUUUGAUGCUGAGGGUCGUGCUGUUGACUUUGAGGUCUGGGUCGAUGACCUCCAGCUGUUCCUACAGUGCGAUAGGGCAGACAGACUCUCCGUGUUCGAUCUCACCUCUGGUGCCUCUUCUGCCCCGCCUACUACUAGUGACAGCACUGUUCGCUCACAUUGGGCCACACGCGAUGCUGCUGCCCGUCUUGCUGUGCGCCGCCACUUACCGACUACUGAGCAUGCGCACUUUAGUCAGUACAAGAGUGCGAAGACCUUUCGGUCGGUGCUGCGUCUACCCCUUGCGAGAGACGCCGCAGCGGUAAGGGCAAGGGGGGCAAGGGCACUGGAGGGGCUUGCGGGGGCGCUGGAGGUGGUGGAGGAGGUAGUGGAGGGGGUGGGGGUGGUGGUGGGGGUGGAGGUGUCGGUGGCAGCAUUGGAGGCGGAGGAGGCGGCGGCGGUGGCGGAGGGAGCGGAGGCGGCGGAGGUGGAGGAGGCGGCGGAGGUGGCGGAGGAGGCGGCGGCAGCGGUGGAGCUGGUCGUGGCUCUGCGCAGAGGAGUGGGUCAAGUGGUAGUCCGCGCCAGCAGCAGAUCACUCGGGACAGAGCACAGCGCACCAUUACUCUGA